CCUGGGGCCUGGCUGGAAGCUGAGUGGGUGCCAUGCUGCGCCUAGCGGCCAAGCUGGUGUCCUUCUUCUGGAGGAGGGAGGACUUCCCGGAGGAGGAGGUCGGGCAACCCGGGCCGGAGCUGUCAGAAGGUGAUACCAGGUUGAAAACUGUGCAGGGCGUUGUGACAAGAUACUGCAGUGAUUAUGGCAUGAUUGAUGAUCUAAUCUACUUUUCCAAUGAUGCUGUGACCAGCAAAGUCCUUCUGAAUGUUGGGCAGGAGGUUAUUGCCGUUGUUGAAGAAAACAAGGUGUCGAAUGGACUGAAAGCAAUCAGGGUGGAAGCUGUCUCUGAUAAAUGGGAAGAUGAUAACAAAAACUCUAGCAAAGGGUUGUCAGACUCCAGGCCCAGAGUGCUGAUUGGCUGUGUGACUUCCAUGUUGGAAGGUGCUGGUUACAUCAGCCAGACCACAUACUUCUCUCUGGAGUGUGUGUGUGAAGGCUUCCGCCCAUGUAAGGGAGACUGGGUAGAGGCUGAGUACUGGAUCAGACCAGGGACAUGGAGCAGCGAGGCAAUCUCUGUGAAGCCACUGCGGUACAAGCGUGUGGACAAGGUUUGCAUUUCCAGCCUGUGUGGGAGGAAUGGGGUGAUAGAGGACAGCAUCUUCUUCAGCCUGGACUCUCUGAAGCUGCCGGAAGGGUACAUACCAAGAAGGCACGACAUUGUCAAUGCUGUGGUGGUGGAGAGCAGCCAGUCAUGCUACAUCUGGAGAGCACUGUGCAUGACCCCCGUGAAGAGAGACCCUGCUGCUGUUGCUGAGGCCCCUCAAGAGCCCUAUGGAGCCCUCUUACUGAAAAACAAAGGUGAUAUUGAAGUUACGAGAACGACCAGCUUUGGAACAUUGAAGGAGGGAGAAAGCAAGGCGAUGGUGAUCUGGAUAGAGAAUAAAGGAGAGAUUUCUCAGGACCUCGUCAGUUGCAGACUGGCUGGCUGGGAUAAAGCUCAACAGUUUAGAUUUGAGGCACAAGGCAGAGAACAGACCUGCUCAGGGGAGGCUGCUCUUUCUGUUCCUGAGGGUGAAAAUGUUAAUUCAUUGAAUCAUCACAGAGAAAACAGAACUGAUGAGAUCCCAGAGAGCAAUCUGGAGAACAACACAGAAAACUCUCCAGAUGAUUGUGCUUGUGAAGAAGAAAGUAGAGAAAAAGGAAACACAUCAAAGAAGCAGGAGUCUGAGCCUGGGGGCCUCAUUUCUCCAGGGGAGAAAGUUUCCAUUGUGGUCGUAUGUGAUGCCAAAAACCCUGGCCGUUGCAAGGAGCUCCUUCUGCUGUGCUUCUCCAACUUUCUAAUUGGGCGAUAUCUUGAAGUGAAUGUCGUAAGUGGUGAGGAGGCGCUAAUAGCCGUGCGUGAGCCAUUCUCUUGGAAAAAGCCUAAAGUUCCCCAAACGUCAGUGCCUGCAAAGACUACAGUUGUUGUGACCACACAGAAAAGGAACUCAAGGCGACAACUUCCAAGUUUUCUUCCACAGUAUCCAAUACCUGAUAGACUAAAAAAAUGUGUGGAACAGAAAAUUGACAUCCUGACUUUCCAGCCGCUUCUUGCAGAGCUUUUGAAUAUGUCAAACUACAAGGAGAAGUUCUCCACUCUGCUGUGGCUGGAGGAGAUCCAUGCAGAAAUAGAACUGAAAGAGUAUAACAUGAGUGGCGUUGUCCUGAAGAGGAAGGGGGAUGUGCUGGUUCUGGAGGUCCCCGGGCUUGCCGAGAGCAGACCUUCUCUCUAUGCAGGUGACAAACUGAUUUUAAAAUCUCAAGAAUACAAUGGACAUGUCAUUGAAUAUAUCGGCUAUGUCAUGGAGAUUCAUGAAGAAGAUGUAACUCUUAAACUUAAUCCAGGAUUUGAACAAAUGUAUAACUUUGAACCUAUGGAUGUGGAGUUUACAUACAAUAGGACCACAAGCAGACGGUGUCACUAUGCACUUGAACAAGUCAUCCAUUUGGGUAACAAGAAAACAGUGAAGGGUCAAACUAAAUAUACAACAAAGGAGAGGAGCAUGGGUACCACAGACCUGCCAGAGAAGGCGGCCUCUACUGCAGAGACCAUAGAUGAAGUUCAGAUCCCUAAAGCAAGAGAUAAGGAGUUUUUCAAUCCAGUGCUCAAUGAAAACCAGAAGCUGGCAGUGAGGAGGAUUCUGAGUGGUGACUGCCGACCCCUCCCAUAUAUUCUUUUUGGACCUCCUGGAACUGGAAAGACUGUGACAAUAAUUGAGGCUGUUUUGCAGGUACAUUAUGCUUUGCCGGACAGUCGGAUUUUGGUCUGCGCUCCCUCCAACAGUGCUGCUGACCUUGUGUGUUUGCGACUUCAUGAGAGCAAGGUUCUGAAGCCAGCUGCCAUGGUCCGGGUGAAUGCCACCUGCAGAUUUGAGGAGACUAUUAUUGAUGCCAUCAAACCAUAUUGCAGAGAUGGAGAAGAUAUCUGGAGAGCCUCACGCUUCAGGAUAAUAAUCACCACAUGUAGCAGUGCAGGACUUUUCUACCAGAUAGGAGUGAGAGUUGGAUACUUCACACACGUUUUUGUGGACGAGGCAGGGCAGGCAAGUGAGCCAGAAUGCCUUAUUCCUUUGGGACUGAUUUCAGACAUCAAUGGUCAGAUUGUUCUUGCUGGAGACCCCAUGCAGCUUGGCCCAGUCAUCAAGUCCAGACUGGCCAUGGCCUAUGGAUUGAAUGUGUCUAUGUUGGAGAGGUUGAUGUCCAGACCAGCAUACCUGAGAGACGAGAAUGCCUUUGGUGCUUGUGGUGCAUACAACCCUCUUCUGGUCACAAAGCUAGUGAAGAACUAUAGGUCCCACUCGGCCCUGCUGGCACUACCCUCUCGCCUGUUCUAUCACAGGGAGCUUGAGGUCUGUGCUGAUCCCAAAGUAGUGACUUCGCUGCUGGGCUGGGAGAAGCUGCCCAGAAAAGGCUUCCCUCUCAUCUUCCAUGGCGUGAGGGGGAAUGAGGCUCGUGAAGGGAGAAGCCCGUCAUGGUUCAGCCCAGCCGAGGCUGUCCAGGUCAUGCGCUACUGUUGCCUCUUGGCCCGGAAUGUCUCCAGCCAAGUUUCUUCCAAGGAUAUUGGUGUCAUCACACCCUAUAGGAAGCAGGUGGAGAAAAUAAAAAUCCUUCUGCGGAAUGUGGACUUGACUGACAUAAAGGUUGGCUCAGUCGAGGAGUUCCAGGGGCAAGAAUACUUGGUCAUUGUCAUCUCCACUGUGCGGUCAAAUGAAGAUAGAUUUGAAGAUGACCGUUAUUUUUUGGGUUUCUUGUCCAAUUCAAAAAGAUUUAAUGUUGCAAUCACAAGACCCAAAGCAUUGCUGAUCGUUCUGGGAAACCCUCAUGUCCUUGUCAGAGAUCCCUGUUUUGGAGCACUGCUAGAAUACAGUGUUACCAACGGUGUCUACACAGGGUGUGAUCUACCUCCCGAACUGCAGGCUCUCCAGAAGUGAGCUCUCCAAACCCACUGAAGCCUCAGGACCAGCCUGGAUGCCUUUUUGACUUUUCCUGACCCCUGGGCUACAGCAGCCUCUGUCCUGGAGUUUAGUGGUCAAUGUCACUCCACCCUUGUGUACCUGAAUAGGUAAACAAAGCACCCAGUUAGAAGCACUGUGGAGGAAAGUGCUUUUGUGCUCACUGGUCCAGUGUCAGGAUCUGUGGGGCACAGAAGAGUCUGGCCUGUUGACAAGGAGACAUUGUGCCUCGCUCUAGGGACCCUUAGGUCCAGAUAUGCUUCAGUCUUCUACGAUUCUUGUGGCUUCCUGGUCUCAAGACUGAACACGGUGUAGGUAGGACCACUGAGUCAGCUGAGCUGCUCCUGCUUCAUUUUACUGACCUUGGUUCACAACAGUUUGUUUCUGCCAGUGGGCAGUCACUGCCACUACCCUCCCCCAAAUAAACACUAUAGUAACUCCAACCUCUUUCUGUCUCUGAAUCCACCUGUGUCAGUGAUAAGGUUUUGUCUUUCAUUUGCACUCUGCUGGCUAAAAUCUCUAAAGUUGGCUCUGCCAUCACCUGGUCUGUCCUGAUGUAGAUGUAUGUGAAACAGCAGCAAAGACACCAGCUCCACUCACCUGAGAUCCACAGGCCACAGCUGGCUGUGUUGCAACACCUGAGAACUGAGAAGAGUAUUGGAUGGGAUGAAGCCCACCUAGACCUCAGUAUUUCUGGAAAGGGGUAGUCAGUAAAGGCCCGUACUAGAGCCCUGCCUAUCCUCCCUGACCUGUCCCUGCAUUC